AUGGACUACCUGCGUAGAGCCUUCAAUCAGCUGCUCGAUCAGUACAUUCUGCGCCCAUCGCCAUCCAACAUCACGCCGAACCAUGAGCCAUCAGACGACGAGGACCACGUCACAAGCAUUAUCCGUAUCGCCCUGCUUCUUCGAACUCGUCUUCCAGCAGACCUAGUGCCAAUGAUCCUAGACCAUGCCGAACUCUGGCACCCGAUAGUUGUCGCGACCUCCCUCCACCCUGACAGGAUAGCUGAACCUCAAUCGCGCAAGCUGCAAGCCGCACUUGUUAUUCCACCACACCUACCUCGGAACAGUAUCCGCCUCAUCCGCCUCAUCACAGUGAGUCGCGAUCAAGGUUGGAGUUCCUACCCCGAGGAUCACGAUACGUACAGAGGAUCCUACACCUGGUUCGAGGCAGGCAUCCGUGGUCUGGAUCCUGAUAAUCUUGCCGACAUUGAAACCAUCUACCAGAACGUACCUGUCGAUUGUCAACAUCGCAAUGCCCUCGACCCGGAGCAUGUGGAUCUGUGUUUGGCGCACGAGGAGCGCUACAAAUAUGGUGCUCAGCGCAUCGCAACUAACAUCCAUGCAGGGAAGGACUUCAGAGAACACGUGGUUCAGUGGGAUUUAGAGAGUGAAGAUGAGGGAACCAGAAGGAUGAUCCGGGAGGUGAAAGGUGGCUGUAGGAUUGAGGUUAGUGCACACGCACAAUUCCCAGGCUGGGUAAAUUAUGUAAAGAGUGUGAAGAUUGAAGUCGAAUGUGCGGUGGUAAGGAAGAUGUAA